AUGCGAGUAGAUAGCGCCGUAGCAAUACCUGACAAUAAGUAAGUGCAAAGUUAAAAUCAUCUAUUAACUGUCGACCAAUACGGCUUCGCUUACAUUAUUGCAUAUUAUGCUGAUUAAGAAAAACCAAGUAUUUUAAAACUAACUAUGGGUCAAGAUGGCACUAGUUGGUAGACUAAAUUAAACUAUCCUACUGUUUUAUCAUCUCUGAUUCCAAUUGCAUCUUAAAAUUAAACUAUAGUUACAGGAAUAACAAAUAAUCCUGGUUUUGAAAAUGCUAUUUUGUCUUUUAAACUCACAGACGAAAUUGGCCAUAUCACUUAAAACUUGGUUUAUUGA